UUCGAGCAGAGGUUGCAGUCAAAGAAAUGAAAAUGAAAUUACAUGUUUUUCAGAUCGUCACUUUAUUGGCCAGCCUAUACGUUGCCGAUGUUUCGCUUCAAGUCAUCGUUGAAGUCCCAGGUUACGGCGUUCUGAAUGGAACCAUUGAAACAUCAUCCUUCACCGAUCGCACUUUUUAUGCAUUCCGCAGUGUCCACUAUGCAGAAAAACCCACGCCUGAGAACCGGUAUUUGCCACCGAUUCCAAAAGCACCAUAUCCUAUGGAUGAAGUCCAGGAUGCUUCAAGCAAUAACCCAGGGUGUUCGCAACCCGGUGUUGAUAAUGAAGACUGUCUUACCUUAAAUGUUAUCACGCCUCAAUUGCCUUCAGAAUCCACCACACUUCUGCCUGUUAUGUUCUGGAUCCACGGAGGAGCAUUUUCCCUUGGACAGGUCAUCGAAUAUCAGCCUAAUAGAUACAUGGAACACGAUAUCGUUCUCGUUGAAAUUCAAUACCGUCUUGGCCCACUGGGUUUUCUCUCAUUCGAUACGGAUGACGUUCCUGGCAAUGCCGCUAUAUUUGACCAAAUUGAGGCUUUACGUUGGGCCAACAAAUUCGUCGAGUACUUUGGAGGAGAUCCGAAUCAAAUCACAAUUGUAGGAGAAAGUGCCGGAAGUGCUAGCGUUACGCUUCUACUCUUGGCACCACAAACAAGAGGACUAUUCCAGCGCGCUAUUGGUGAAAGUGGGUCUGUUUUAGCUGAAUGGGCACUUGACCGAGAUGGGAGAGGAAAGGAAGCUUCACUCAAAAUCGCUGAAAUGUCCGGAUGUCCCGUGGAGCCUUACGAAGACUUACUUACCUGUGUCCGAAAUGUUGACGCUGCAAUAAUCACUCAGGCUUAUCAGGACUACUCGAGAGAAGACAUGUUGAAUGGGAAUCUCGGUUUCAGUGGGUCAAAUCCCGUGAUUCAGGUUGCUGGAGCUCAGCGAGUCAUCGAGUCCGACCCACGCGAACUCUUUACCUCCGGAAACUUUGCAACUGUUCCAACCAUGUUUGGUGCGAACAAACAAGAGGGUUCUCUUGUAUUAGGAGUUCUGUACAACAGAUAUCUUGUACCCAAAAAUUUGACUGAAGACGAAGAAUUUCUAGCAAAUGACUUAGUUCCAACCCUUCUUUCUGCUUUGAAUAUUGACGAUCCAACUGGAGAACUGGCAGCUCAGUUGACCGAAAAAUAUCUGGGGACAGCCGAAAUGGGAAAUUUUACAUCCAUGACUCCAGGACUAACGGAUAUGCUUAGUGUGCUUUUCUUGAAAGCACCCACAUACGAGACAUCACAGAUCGUUUCCCAACACAAUCCUAAUGCAUUUUACUACUCGUUUGAAUUUGAAGGCAGAAACUCAAUUUUUGAAUACGCUUUUGCAUUGAAUCCAGUGCCAGUUCCCCACGGUGUAUCCCAUGCUGAUGAGAUGAUCUAUCUCUUUGUUUUUCCAUUCCCAUCAAUCCCACCGGGUCUCAAUGCAACUGAGGAAGAGCUUUCCAAGAAGAUGCUUCAAGUUUGGACGAAUUUCGUUAAAUUUGGUGAUCCCACUCCUGAUGGCGUACCACUUCUUGACGGCAUUCCAAAAUUUUUGACUUACAACACUGUCGAUGAAUAUUACACAGCGAUUGAUGAUGUUUGGAGAACUGAAUCGGACUACACAUUAACGUAUACUGUGACAGUGGAUGAGCUUAAUAAUCCCCCGGCCUAUAAAACGCGCAGCUCUUCUAGAAGGCGAUCUGGACGUUUCCAUCAAUCGCUACCCACCAAAAACAACUAUCUUGGUUAUUAAAUUUCCCGCAAAUGCUUUGUUUUUGUUGAAUUGAGAAUUUUUGGGCACCUACAGUUUAAUUUUCC